AUGGUUGUGGAUAUGGAGAUAGCUCAGGUGAAAGGUGCCGCGGUGUCGUUCGCCAAGUCUCAGGAUGUCUCCUAUAGCAAGUUGAAUGGAAAGUGUUUGCCUCCAUACUUCAUCAAGCUAUGUCAUGUUCAUGCUAAAAGAGGCAUACACGACUUCAGACUUAAACUGACAAAGAAGGACUAUCGCCACCUUGUGAACUAUAUGAAUCACAUCAAGACGAAAGAAGACCUAGAAAGGUUUCAUGUCUUUGUUCUAUCCUUCAAGAUUCCAGCUCUGACUGCUUGGUGGAAGCACAAACGGUCAAUUGAUUGGAUUAUCCCAUGCACCAUUGGUGGCCUCUCCCCCAUGGGUCCAGAUUGGGACGAAACGCCAAAUCACACCAAUGCUGGUGAGGGGCAACAUGCAUGGUCAAAAGAGAGAUCAUUCAAGCAUCAGAAAAUUUUAACCCUAUCCUUUAGAGGUCGGGAUAUAGACACAGCAACACUCAAAGAGGUGCAGAUGGUCCGGGAAAGUGGGGUGCCAUCUAACACGCACAAUGAGCUUGUAGACCAUCAAACACGCAAUGCUACUCGUCGCAAUAAUCGGGCAACAAAAGCAAGAACGGCGGAAAAACAACAGAAUGCAACUGCUGAGCUUCAAAACAAGUUAGAUUCAGCGCAGGACGAGUUGAAGCUUGCGAAGGCAAGGAGGGAUGACCUGAAGCAGCUGCUCAGAGAUUCAAGGAUGGCGACAACCUCCUCUGGUGCUCUUCACAAGAUCAGGAUGCCGAAGAAGAGGAAACUGCAAGAACUCUCGAGCUCAAGCGGUCGAGUAAAGAUUUGGAAACAGACAAAGAAGGCAAAGAAGGCUGCAAAGAUGCAGAUUCAAGACGAGUCUGAUGACGACGACUUUGAGCUGCUGUCACUGUCUGAUUUGUUCUGUGAGCCGCAGAAUUCAAAUGGCUUUAUGGCAGAUGAUCCAGUCGCUGAGAAACCAGCAGAUGAGAAUCUCGGGAUGGUUCAGGAUUAUCAGCCACUCCCUCAGCCUGAGGAUGUGGCUGAUUCUACCAAAUUCGUGGUCUCUGGGUCAUCCAACACUACUCUCACGGCUGUCGCUGAUGCAGGAACUCAAGUCCAGGACCGGCGUACCAAGCGAAAGGAAAGAGACGUACCCGACGUUUUGACCAUCAUUCAGGGGAAUGCGAAGCGUAGCCGCAAACCAACUUCAAGGGUUGCCGAGGCAGAAACCCAGACUCUCGCCACUGCCUCUAUGAGCAAGCUGGUUUCAUUUAGAAGAAAACCUGGCUCGAGAAGAGCUUAA